CUUCUCUCGAGCUACUGAUGGAUGGGAAUUUUGCUUUACAUUAAUAUCAAUACAAAAAGAACAGCGGGGGUUGAAAGAGACAAGUGGAGAGAACGAAGGCUAUCUGUAAUUUCGUACUCUCAUUUUAUUUUCCCACUUUUUCUUUCUUUUUUCCGUGUUAUGCGUUUGUCUAUCGCAUGAGCAGCUCUAGUCACUACAGAAUGCGAACGGU